AUGGGUGUCCAGGGGCUGACGGGCUUCGUGGAGGAGCGCGGGGCGUUCUUCACCGAGCUGCGGGUGAGGGACACGAAGCUGGUCAUCGACGGGAGCAGCCUCUACCACCGGCUCUGCUUCGCCUCCGCCGUCGACUUCCGCCGCGGCGGCGAUUACGGCGCCUUGGCGGCGGCCGUGCGCGACUUCUUCGGCAGCCUGCGGGCCUGCCGCGUCUCCCCCUUCGUGGUGCUGGACGGCGGGCGCGGCGCCGACGACAGGAAGCUGCCCACGCUGCGGGGCCGCGCCGCCGAGCGGCUGCGGGCGGCCCACGGCCUCUCCCGCGGCGACGGCGGCUGCCUGGUGCCGCUGCUGACCCGCGAGGCCUUCGUGCAGGCGCUGGGGCGGCUCGGCGUGCCCUUCGUGCAGUGCUUCGCCGAGGCCGACCGGGAGAUCGCCGGCCUGGCCAACCGCUGGGGCUGCCCCGUCCUCUCCCUCGAUAGCGACUUCUGCGUCUUCGACCUGGCGGCCGGCUACUGCCCCCUGACCCACUUCCAGUGGCAAAGCGUGUGCGCGGGAGAGGGGGCGCGGGGCUGCUACGUUCCCGCUCGCUGCUUUUCCGUGGCGAAGUUCUGCAGGCACUUCAGUCACCUGGACAAAAGCCUGCUCCCCCUCUUCGCCGCCAUGAACGGGAACGACUAUAUUGAUCUGGCCGCUCUCGAGGUGUUCUUCAGCAAGGUGCGCCUGCCGAGGGGGUGCGCGGCGGGGAAGGGGGGGAAGCACGUCCGCCUUCAGGGGCUGCUGAACUGGCUGUCGCAGUUCGCUGAGCCCACCGAGGCUGUCGACAACGUGCUGAAAUACCUUAAGAAACACCAGAGGGAAGAAAUAAGGGAGCUUCUGUGCACUUCAAUGGAGGAUUAUACUCCGUCUGACGUGAACCUAGAGGACUUUUUUCAGAAUGGAAAGUAUGAAUGUGAGGCUGCCAGGAAAGCAGACUUACCGCAGUGGGUACUCGAUGCUUUGGCAAAAGGUAAGCUAGCCCCGUUCAUCAGCGAUGCCCUGAUACUGAGGAGUACCUUCCUCCACGUUCAGGUGGAGAACAUGCAGAGACCUAGCGCACAUAGCACAGCUUUGCCCAUUCGACAAGUUAUCUAUGGACUGCUUCUGAAAGUAUCUCAAAAUACUGAAGCUGCUUCUCCAAGUAAGCAGACCAACGAGCUGCCAGUUGUAUGUGAAUUUGACAGACUCCAAAAGACACUUAAAAAAACAUCUGUUCAAGCAGCAAGCCUACCCACAGAUUUUUGUGAUGAUCAUUUUCCUUUGGACAAGUUAAUGGAGGUACCCAUGUCGUGCCGUCAGAUGCUUUUGCUGGAGACUCUAGGAGUGAAAAUGAGUUUCCUAGAAUCUAUCCCCAGUCACUUACAACUCCCUAUUGCUGUAACGUGUUACUGGAUAGGUUGUUCAGAGCCAAAAGUUAAAUUGCAUCAAUUAAAGGCUUUACUUCUAAUGAUAGUAUCUGGAGAACUGCACAGGAUAACAAAUGAUCCAGAUCCCACAGUUUUACGUGCUGAAGAUGAGAGUAUUGCAUAUAACGAAUUUCUAAAAUGGAAGGAAAAGAAAUUGCCAAAUAAAGACUUUGAUUUAGAUGCUGCACACAGUUUUUGCCAGUGGCAGUGCUGUCUUCAGAUGGGAUUGUAUCUCAAUCAGCUACUUGGCACUCCUCUCUCCGAGCCAGACCUAAGUAGGCUUUACAGUGGGACCCUCGUGCACAGACUGUAUCAAGAGCUUAAAUCAACACCUUCAGUGGAAAAUCUGUUUAGUUUAUCUCCAAAAAUGACUCAGCUUUAUCAGGUUUUGUUAAAUACGGUAGAGUCAACUGUAUCUCCAGACUUCUUUCAGAAGAUGACCAAGACCAAAUCUGAGUCCUGCAAAAAGAAGAAAGCAUCUAGUAAGAAAAAAAAGGCCAUCAGGUGUGCUAUACCAGAAACUCAGCAUUUAUGCAAUGUUAAUAGGUUUGCAUCACUUGGAGUGGAUGACUGAAAGCAUUAUUCCUGGAAUAACUUAAUGCCAUGCAGAUGGAAGAAGUUAUAUUAAAAUAUGUGACUAUAUUGGAAUUGUGUUUUCACACAAGUUCCCAAUUCAAUCUUCACCAACAAUUCUUGCUUCAGGGAAUUUUUUUAUUUACUUUUUUUGUAACGAAUACUCUUAUAAAAGAGGUGCUGU